AUGAAACAAAUCUGGGUCUCCUUGUUUACCCGGCUUGAGAAUAGCAAAACCCCAAGACUCAUUAGGUGUCUCAUUAUCUUCCUGGUGAAGCAUGGGGUAGAAGCUCUUGUGGACUCGAUCAAUUCUGUUCAGGCAAAUUUGUUUCAAGUAAUUUUGAGUCGGUUUUGGAUACCCAAUCUGAAGACCAUAACUGGGUACACAGAGGUUAAACUGAGUGCAGUUGCAUCAGCUAAGCUGCUUUGUGAAUCACCAUCAAUGUUGGAUCCUGCAGCUGAGGAGCUUUGUGGGAAGUUGCUGGAUGGUGUUGUGACUCUUCUCUCACUGCCAGAGGAGGAAAAAGUUGAAGAUGAACCAGAAGUUCCAGAUUUUGGGGAGGCAACUGGUUAUCAAGCCACCAUUGUUCGUCUUCACAAUGUUGGUAAAAAAGAGGGGGAUCCUUUAGAGGAAAUCAAGGAUCCAAAAUACUUCUCAAUGGCUUUACUCGUGGUUCUCUCUUCUAAAUUCAGUGGGAGAUUCCCACUGGUUAUUACUAGAUACCUUUCUCCUGCUAAUCAAGCUGCACUUCUCCAGUUAUGUCAUUCAUACCAUCUUUCUAUAGUAUGA